AUGGGUAUUCUAUAUUCCAAAGCAAGGGCAGAACCAGGUGCAGAGCACAUACCAGAUGUUCAAACCGCUGAAGCGUGUAUCCAGACCAUCCGGAGUGGCUACCAUGGGAUUCUAAAUCUGUAUAGUCUGGAAGGAGAGAGAAAAGUUGAGGAAGAGGUCAUGCCCCUGUUUCAAAGGCUCUACCGAAUCAUCGCGCACACAACAGUUGACCCAAAGACGGAACACGUGAUCCUGAACGACAAACGCAUUGGAAAAUUUAUCCCAGAUCUUCGGAGAAUAUUUUCCGAUUGCGAAUGCGUGUUUAAGGAAGUGUGGGCCAUCAAGGUGAUUGCAGCGACCAGCGUGGAAGAAGGCAAUCAAGCUCUACAUUCACUCCCCUUUCUAUACCUGUAUGAUUUCCUAAUCUCCAUGGAGUGGAACGCGGCACGGACCGUCCUCCGUCAGUGUCCCCAGAAGAUGGCAAUAUUGUAA